AUUUGGCGGAGAUCAUAUAAUCCCAAAUUAUUUUUAGUUUUACCAGCCAUCUCUAUUCCCUUAACACUGGUUCUCCGCUGCAUCGCUACGAAGCUACAUUCCCUCGAACUCCUCUCCUCGUUAUCUUCCCCGACGAAAGUCUUCAAUCUCAGGAAGUGAAAUUUCUGCAUUUUGCUGGCAAGCCUUUAAACCUACUGCUGAAUGAUCUAGGCUAGUAACAACACUAGCUAAUGGAGUUAAGGAGCAGGACCCACUUGCACUUUGUCAAUGCCAUUAAAGGUGGCUCUGUGGAGAAGUCCAUGAAUGUGGGUUUUCGUGGGCGACCAGCACUCAAGUUUAGGGAAAUCAAGGAAAUAUACAUUUUUGAGAGACAUCGCAUAAUCAAGAAGAGAUGCAAAAAAAGGAAAAGAAAAUGCUCCAACUUUGUUGGUUUAAAAGAAGAAACCAUGGAAACUUGUUCUAGUGAGAAACAUGAGUUGCCUAACAUUCUGCACAAGGAUGGAGAAUGCGAUUUUGAAGUGCCUCUCAUCUGUUUGAAAUCUAAACUAUCCAAGAAUAUAAAGAGAAGGAAUUCUUCAAGCAAGAGCAUUGCUUCUUUAUCUCCACAUGCAAUUUCCUUAACUAAAUCCAAGCAGAUUCAUUGUGUUGAAGAGUUACAGCUACCGAAUGAAGAUUCGGUUGCACCUGUUGAAGUUGAGGUUCCCGACCCUGGUUACUCGGAAUGCCAAAGCUUUUUCAGUGUUACAUUUGUUUCUCAUUUUAGUUGCAGCAAGCCGGUGGAUUCUACUGUUCAUGUAUCUAGUGAUGUUGUCGAGGUGCCUGAUCCUACAAAAGAAUCUCAAUAUGAUUCACUUAAUGAAGUUUCCUAUGAAUAUAGCAGAAAUUUGGAGCUCAAAUCUGAUGUGAGGGUUUCUAGUAAUGAUAUUGUUAAGCUUAUUCCUAAAUUUGCUACCAGUUCUUCUGGUUGGGAGAUUGUAAAGGCAGACAGUCCAGAAAUUAUCAGUUAUCAAUGUUCAGGCUUGCACGAACUUGGACAAGAAAGAUGCGCUGUCUAUGCUCUACCUUAUGAUAGUACCCCAGAGUCAAUACCACCAUCCAAGGAUUGUUCUGCUGAUCUUGAUAGCUUUAAAAGUAAUUCUUCUGAUCAUGAGAUGUCUUGGCAGACCAGCAGUCAUGACAGAACUGAAGCACCUGAGUUGGUCAGUGAUGAUAGCCUCCAAUGCUUGGAAAAUAUCAAUGAAGGUAGUGCAUGGUCCAAUGAGAGCAGUAGUGCACAUGGUUGGCCUUUAAACAGUGGCAUCAGUCCUCCUGGAGAUAGGCUGUCUUGGAGUCCACCAUGCUUGAAUUCUGGGGGACAUUCAGUCCCUGUUUCUAGCCAUUCUACUUCAGCAGGGAAGCAAUUGCAGUUGCCUGACUCUGUGGCCACUGAUGACGAUGCUUCGGAUAAGCUUAUGGCAUCACCAGGACAUCCAGAUUAUCAUCAAAGAAAGCAUCAGCAGCAGCAUCCUGAAAGGCUUCCUUCAAGUCGAAAGACCAUUUCUCCAACAUCUCAAGAAAGACUUUGUUGGGCUAUGGAGUUAACCAGGUUGGAUGAAGAUGAGCGUCAACAAUGUAGGGGGAAGUUGUAUUUUGGAAGGCAGACCAAUCAUAGGAUUUUAAUAGCUCAACGGCUUGACCAGUUUGGGAGAGACGGAGCCACUAUCAAGCCAAAACCAUUCACGAGAAAAGCAAAACAGGAUAAGAAAGGAUCUCCCCCUAAGGGCAUUCUCAAGGGUACUCAUCUUUCUGGUUCCGUACCGCACGUUAGCAGUGCAUGUACCACUGCCCAACUUUGUUCACAAAGCGCCAUAUCAUUUACACAGAGACAAAUGCGAGAUAUUGAAUCUUUGGCAACUAAACCAACAGAAUUGAAGUCCAUGAAAGUAUUGAUCAGGAUAGCUGUUGAAAGUGCAACGAAAGCUGAAGAAACUGCAAGAAAAUGGCUUUCUAUGAUGGCAAGAGAUUGCAACCGUUUCUGUAAAAUCAUGAAAUCGACCGAGGAUAACACUGCUGCUUCAGAAGGUGUAAUCCAGAAAGAAAGGAAGAUUACAUUUGCCGAUGAGGCCGGUGGGAAGCUUUGCCAUGUCAAGAUUUUUAAGGAUGACAUGGGCGCAGCUUCUCCACUGCAGUGUGGCACUGGAAAGACAGAGAUCGCCGGUUGAGUAGUUUUCCGGCAUGUCUUGCUGGUUUGUUGUUACCAAGUUGAUUCAUGUGCGGCAAAUAAAGGACGGCUUGCGGUUUGUUUUUACGGCAUGCUUUAGUUGAGGCUUCUUAAUGCGCUGUUUGUUUUUUGUUCAUAUUUGUAUGAAUGUAAGAAUGUUGUAUUAUUCAAGAAUAUCCAGAAUGGAUAGGAAUCCUCUACAGCCUUCUUGAGGUAAGAAGUUCGUUAUAGGUGUCAUUAGAAAAUCGACUCGACUUGUAAACUAAUCAAACGAAUAGAA